CACAGUAAACGUCAGUUGACUUCGUCUAAUAAAAAAUCCGGCUAUAGUUUAUAAAACAAACAUAUUUCUAUUCCCAAUUCCCAAUAGUAACAGCACUAACAACUCUAGGCACCAAGCAGUUACAGUAAAUUCAUAAUAAAUAAAGAAUACAUAAACCGAGUUAAAUAAUAUAUUAUUACUAUGAAUUCCAAAGAUUGACAGAGCAGAAAUGGCAUCAAAAAAAUAUGGUUUGAUUGUACCUGAGAAGGGGGGUAAGCAGCUCAACACACUUAAAUUCCAAGCAUCUCGUAACGUUUUUGGCAAUGAGUCUGAUUCUGAUGAUGACACAAAGAAAAAGACACACUUAUUGCGGCCUAGUGACAAUAUUAAUAGACAGGCCAAGAUUUCCCAAGAGAAAGCAUUGUUAGAAGAUCCCACUGUUUAUCAAUAUGAUGAAAUAUAUGACGAAGUUAAAAGUAAAAAAGAAAAAGUAAAGAUAAAAGAAGAAAGGAAGCCAAAAUAUAUCGAAAAUUUGAUCAAAACAGCCAAUAAGAGAAAAUUAGAAAAUGAACGCAGAGUUGAAAGACAGAUACAAAAGGAAAGAGAAAAGGAGGGGGAUGAAUUUAAAGAUAAAGAAGUAUUUGUUACUUCUGCUUAUAAGAAGAAAUUGGAGGAAAUGAAGAUAGAAGAAGAAAAAGAAAAAAGGGAAGAAUAUCUUGAAAGCAUAGGAGAUGUCACUAAGCAACAUGAUUUGGGUGGUUUUUAUCGUCAUUUAUAUGAGCAAAAACUAGGAAAUCCUGACAACAAGGAGUGUAAAAGUACUGAGACAAUGGAGAAAAUGCAUACAAAUAACCCAUCAACUUAUAAAGAUCCAACAGAAACACUAAAGAAAAGAAACUAUCGGAAAAGAGAAGUUACCAAUGAUAAUGCAUUAUUAUCUGAUGGGGAAAUUGAAGAUUCUGAUGAAGAAGUAAAUCGUGUUAAUCUUGAACAAAUGAGAAAAAUAAAACGAUUAAAGAAAGAUAAUGAGAAUAUUGAUGCUGACUCUGAUUUUUCAAUUGAUGAUCCUAGUGAUGAAGAAAAUGAAAAAGAUCCAAAAACUAAAAAGUCCACAAAAGGUGAAGUUAAUAAGUCUGAAACGGAUGCUGAAUUUGACAAACAACCAAAAACUGAAACAAUAAAAUUAGAAACACAAAAUAAAAACAAUAAGAAAAAGAAUGCUGAAAUAGAGACAAAAGAAAAAAUUGACAUCUGGAAAAAGAGAACUGUGGGUUUGGUGUUUGAAGAGGCACUCAAACGAUAUUACGACAGAAAAGCUGCAAGAGGACACUAGUAUAUAUCGCAAAAAUAGAAUGCCACAAUAUUAAAAGUAACAAAAAAAAACUGGUUGAUAAUAAAAUAAAUCAUUUUAUUAUUAUUACUAAAA